AUGCGUGAGGCGGUGGUGCGUGCCGGCAAGCCAGCAGCGACGGCGAGGCGGGGAGACCCCUCGUCGUCUUUCUUCUUUCCGCGCAUCGAGCGCGUCCUUCCGUACGUCCCCUCAGACGGGAGCGGACGGCGUCGCGGAUAUUUCCAGGGAGUUCCGGGCCGUGCUAGUUCAUUUGGUGGUGACGACGACGAGCUGGACUCAAAGGUCCAGGCGUCCGUCCAUGAGCACGGCGGCGGCUUUUCACGCGUCUUCUGCGACAGGAGAAAGACGGCGUUGCUGCAUCCUUCGCUUGCUGAAAAGCUUGGAGAAGAUGAUCAUGGGCAGCAGCUUGGUGAGGUGGAGAUGUCCUGGACGCCGCAGGCACAACCCUCCCGGUGGCCGGUGGUGGAGACGGUCUUCUGAUCCCCUUAGCCCUCAUUUUAGGAUCGGGUUGUUAGGAGUUUUCAAGGUCCUUGACCUGUGCGAAAUCACCCACACCCAAAAGGACAUGGCCUCCUCUUUAUAUGUCAGGGCUAGGGGACAGGGACCGAAACCAAAAAAUUGCAUUGGAUGCCCCCGAUCAGGGCAUGCA